UCCGGGUCAUCUUGGCUGCACGAAAUUUCAAAUCGUUCCGUGAUUAUAAAGUUGGAAAUGUAUCUCUCUAGCAAGUUUUCUGGGAGCUAACUAACUGACGUUCCAAGAUGAGCAGUGAGUCGUCAGAGACCUCCAUCGACUUUACAGUGGAAUUGUUAAAGAAGAAAUACCUAAACCGGAGAAAUCUGGUGUCCAAAGAGAACGUAGAUCGAUCUGGAGAAAGUGAUCCACUUGACUACAUGAAAUGUUAUGAUGCCAGGAUUCCAAGGACAGUGGUGUCUCCACUGUAUGGCUCCAUUGACCAUCACAGGAGACACUACGACAAAGCCUUACAGGAGCUGUUUCAAGCAGUCACAAACCUUCCUGAGAGGCUGGACCGUGUGGGUGACUGGAAGCACGGCCUGUUUCUCAGUGAGGAUGAGGAUGGAUACAGCGCGGAGGGAGCUGGUUCCACGCCUGACACGCAGAACAACAUAAACACAGAGUCAGAUGUGACCCUGCCCUCCUGCCUCGCGAAGGGCUCGGGGUCUUGUGGCACGGACGGCACGGCCGGCACGGCCCCCGCUGAAAGGAAGCAGAGACGGCCCUCUCCGCAAAACAGCUCCCCGUCCGCUGCAAACAUCAGCCAGGUGUUCCAGGAGAUGGUGCACAUCUAUGAGAAACUGCAGGCCGAGCGGACGCACCAGCAGCAGUGGUCUGUGCAGCUGCAGGAGUGGGAGGAGCGACUGCGUGAGAGGGAGGCACUGCUGCUCCGCCCCCGCCAGGCUCUGCAGAAGAUCCGGGGAGCAGAGGAGGAGGCGCACGACCACGUGCGGGGGCUGCAGGAGCAGUAUCAGCAGGAGGUCCAUCAGCUGAGUGAGACUCUCAAAGAGAAGGCCAGAGAGAACCGGAGGAUCAAAGCUAGCUUUGACAGCAUCAAAGAAUUAAACGACACCAUGAGAAAUCAGCUAAAUGAUGUCACCGAGCAGAACAAGAAGCUGGAGAGCCAGUCCAGGAAGGUGCAGGCCCGUCUGGAGAACCUGCAGAGAAAGUAUGAGUACUCAAUGGCGCACAAAGGCCGAGAUAGCGUGAUGUCCAAAGCCCUGGAGACGAAACCCUCCAAACAGGACAAGGCCUCGCUGCCCGCUAAACCCAGCAAGGCCUCCUCGAGCCCCGGUGGGGUGAGGCUGCUGGUUCUGCUGCUGGACUGGGUCACAGACUGCCACCUGGGCUCAGGACAGGGGGACGGGCCGGGCCAGGGCGUGCUGCAGGCUGUGCCCCCGUACGCGGGCUCCGUGCAGGAGAGGUGCUCCAAGGUGCUGCCCAUGUUGACAGAACAACUGCAGCUCGUCCCCACAGUGGACAAGGGGCUGCUGAUCCCCCUGCUUAAAUUCAUCUACCUGUCUCUGAAGCAGCUGGACAACAGCCCCCAGCAGCUCACCCUCACCUCAACCAUGCGCAGGCUCGGGGAGGAGGUGUACCGUGGGUCGGGCCCCCAGGGGGCCGGUCUCGAUGCCCCUCCCUCCACCAGGAACAAGGGGUCGCCACUCUUCAAAAGCCCCUGUCUGCACACCCGCUUCCUGUCCACACUGAUCAUCCUCAGCACCAUCAGCCAGGCGGACGUCCUGGCGCAGGCUCUGGACGGUCUCCAUGACGACCUGCGGAGUGAGGAGGGCCGGGAGCUCUUCCUGCGGUACCGGGCGUUACCUGUGGUCCUGGCGCACCUGCGCGGGGGUGGCCGCAGCCUGCUGGGGCUCUCCAUCGACAUCCUGCUACAGAUGGCCACCGAAUCCCGGCUUUUAAACGCCUUCCUGGAGGCUUGCAGCACGGAGGACUUCUUCCGCUGCGUAGCGGCACUCCUACGGAACCCCCGUCUGGACAUCACGUUGGUGGAGAAGGCCAGCAUUCUCCUGCAGAAGCUCUCCAAAAUCAGGAAGAACAAGAGGCUGUUUGAGCUGAGCUCCAUCCACCUGACGGUCCAGGAGAUGCACAGGACUGUGGACCCCACCCACGCCUUCCUGGCCAUCAACCUCAACUCCAUCCUCUUCAACCUGGGCAUGAUGAAGAGGACGCCCGUCUGCCCCAGUCCGGCAGACAGCCCCUAGAGCCCGAGACCUGUUCAGCCUGUACUACUGCAGUCUCAUGUGGUCAAAUUAUUUUGUGUCUUGAUAUAUGUAUUUAUUUAUCACUAUUUAGUUUUGUAAUCUGUCAUGUUGUAUAGUAUUUAUGCAAACAUUUUGUAUUUUUUAAAAUGACGACACUAAAGAUUAUGCUGUGAGGGGAGGGAAUACAGAUGAUUAUUUUUUCUAAAAGUAAACUUUCAGUGUGCAGUUAAUGGGCACCGUGGUUCAGUGCAGAAUUCAUAGAUGUGACUGACUCUUUGACUCUUGAGUUUUUCCCACCAAACCUAAUUGGCUGAUUUCAAUCCAGGAAUGGAGAAAACAAAUUGUCAUGAAAGCAUAAAUAGAGUUUUUCAUGGUAGGUUAUUGUUCCUUAUAUUCAAAAGAUGAUGGGGGUUUUAGCAGCGAGACUAGAGACACAAAGUCCUUUUUAAUGCCUUUUGAAUUAAGUUCUUCUGAAUGCUUUUUUGAUGACCUCACCACAACCUAAUACCGGAUUCUGUCAUUUGUAAGAAUCUAAUAUGUCCCUCUGUGUUUAUGCAUUUCCAAAUGUUCUACUAAAUAAAAAAUGUGCAGUUUGCUCCAAAA